AUGGGUUCGACUUCGUCCAAGCUUUCAAGUUCUACUCCACAUGUGUGGAAGGGGCCCUCUCAACCCGGGGUAUCACAAAACCUAGUUGAAUCCCUCGAGACCAGCAAUGAGGUUAGACCGACCAACACCCCUCCACGCGUCGGUCAUCUAACCGAGAACUUUCCUUCCCAGACCGACGUCUCCCGCCUACAGUCCCUCGAGCUCCAGAUCCAAGAGCGCGUCGGCGUCGAGCUGAAGCGCCUCCGAGCCCAGGAGGCCGAAGCCCUGCGGGAGGCCCAGCAAAAACUGUCGGCCGAACCCGCCACCACCGCCGACCAACAGGGAGAGUCCGAGCCGCUGCGGCAGCAACAGCAGCAGCUUUCCGGGCCGAGCCGGCACGAGGUUUCCAAGGCGAUCGACGAUCUUCGCACGAAGCUCGAGGAGAGGAGGCAGGUGCGGCAGCUGCCUGACGGCGUGGAGAAAGCGCGGAACGAGGUGGUGCGGUGCCUGCACGAGAAUGACAGGCGGCCGCUCGACUGCUGGCGCGAGGUCGAGGCGUUCAAGGACGAAGUCAGGAGGCUAGAGAAGGGGUGGGUGGACAAGGUCGUCAGCUAG